AUGAAUAGAGGAUCAUCAAUACCAACCACCAAUUCAAUUGCCCAAAAUUGUCGAUCAAUUCUUAGAGAACGUUGCCGCAUUCAACAAGCUAGUAAUUAUACUACUAGCAGAGAAUAUUUAUCUGAUAAAUGGAAAGCUAGCCAUACUAUUUCAACAAAUCCUAUUUGUUCACCAUAUGAUGUUGAUAAUCUUCAAGUGCCAGUUGUAUGCUGCGAAGAACCAUCUUAUUGCAACACUCUUUUUGGUAUUUAUCCUUCGAUGUCAUCUAGUGGUUAUGUCUAUCAUACAAGUUGCAUUGAUGGAAAUACAGCUUCAAUGCAACCCAUAUUAAAUAAACAAACAGGUCAUGUUGAAUACUUAUCGAUAUCAUCUGAAAAUUGUAUACAAAUUAUUACAGAUGCAAUUAUUACCAAUAUACGUUAUAAAGUACCUAAAGAAGAAAUAGCUCUUUUAUGUUGUUGUCUUCCAUCAUUAAUUCGACAGAUUAUGUGUAAAAGUCCAUGGUUAACACCAAACGAUAUUAUUCAAUGGCUCAGUUCAGAUAUUAUAAAAGAAGCGAUGGGUUAUUUUGAUAAAAACGACUUUGAAGAUGAAAAUACAUCUCGUAAAGUAAAACAAAGUCAUACGAAUAAAGAUAGAUUUUUUCGAAAAGAAAAAGAUAAAAAAGUUAAUGAUAACAUUUCAAUGAAAUCACGUCAAGAUGAUAACGAUAGUUUAUCAUCAUAUAGAAGUAGAAUAAGUGAAACAUCUCAACAUUCAAUUUUAUCAAAACACUCAUCACAAUCAAUUUUUAAUUUACCCAGUAAUAUUCAUAAAAAACAAAAAAAAUAUAUAAAUAAAAAACGUUGGAAAAAUCCUGGUAAAAAUAAAACAAAAAGUCGUAAACAAUCGACAAAUUCAUUAAUUAAUCAACAAACUAAUGAAUGGAAAUCAAAUUCAAAUUUGUCAACGGAUUCAUUUGAUUCAAAAGAAAAUCUCGAUAAAAAAAUUAUUCAAUCAAAUGAUAAAUCAAAACGAGACAACCGAUUAUCACCUCAUCAAAUUGAAUAUCCGGUCAAAAAAGAUUCAAAUGCUAGUAAAGAUCUUGAAAAAUGUUUAGCCUUUUAUCAUAAAGUUCAAGAAUAUUUUGACGAUGAUAUAGCUGCUAUGCUUCUUAAAUGUUGUUUAUGUUAUGGUCAUUGUUCAGAUAAUAAAUAA